UUCGAGAAAUGGCAUUAAAUUUAACAAUGGUUCUGUAAUUAUAUCUUCCCAUAUUGGUGAAUAUGAUGGCGAUGACUCCUCUAUAGAUGAGGACGAUGACGAGAUGUUGGUACCAGACUUAGAUAUUUUGGCAUUUCCACCAACUUCACUUAAUCUUCCUACUGCCUCUUUUUCGAGCAACCCUACUUCGUCAAUGAAAACAUUACUUACUAAUCCUUCAGUAGUAACCUUACUAAUAGUCAUGUUAUUAAUGGGUACUGCCUUUGCCAUGAGCAACGCGUUUUUAUUGUUAUUUCUUAAUAAAGAACUGGGAGCUAGUUCUGUGGUUCUUGGUUUAACGGGUCCAAUUAGUGCUAUCACUGAAUUAUUAUUUUUCUUUUACUCGAGAGAGGAAAACACAAUUUCAUAUAUACUGGCGCUUCUGGCUCAACUACUAAAUGGUAUUGGCUUCUCCGCUUUGUGGAUUUCUGGUGUCACACAUAUUGCUAACAGUGCACCGCCUAGUCUCAUCUCAUUUUCGCAGGGUGUCAUGACUGCUGUAUAUGCUGGCUUUGGUACUGGCUUUGGAAGUUUGUUUGGUGGUAUUUUAUAUGAUAGUGUGGGUGGCCCAAGAGUUAUGUUUGCUGUUGUUGUGGGCAUUAGUAUUGUAAGUUUAAUUAUGUACUGGUGGGGUGAAAACGGGUUUAAAGUUAAUGUAAACCAUUUUGGUGGUAGAAGACGUGAACCAAGAUUUCCUUGGCAAGAUGUAACCACCACCACCACUGGAGGUCAGACUAGUUUAGGGAGAUCUAAGAGCACUCUAUCGAUUGAAGGCGAUUAUGAAUUAUAA